UUUUUUUCCUUUUUAAACGUAGCAGAGGAAGGAGGAGGAACCUGUGUGCCUAGCGCUCGGGGAAAGAGGCAAGCUGGUGCUUGAAUUAAGCAAAUCUCCUGCUGAGUUGCUCGUGACUGCGUCUCCGAUAUCUGCUGUAUCCAACUUCUGACAAGGUUGAAGGCCAGCUUCUUAUCUUCAGCCGCUGGCAUCUAUAAAGCCAGCCGCCUGCAGCCUGCUUUGCUCUUGUGACCGUCUUCUUCAUUCCGCUUUCUUUGUGCUGGCUUUCUUUUCAAUCUCGCCUUCUUUCAGCUUAGCCCAAGAAACCCUUUCCGGAGCAGCAACAGAAAUGACAGCUUUGGCGCUGUCGCUGAUGUUAUGCGGCCUGCAGCUGUGGCCGGCUGUUCUUGGGGGCCACCAGCACCAGCGGUUCGCCGUGCUGGACAAGGACCGGCCCGCGAGGCAAACCAAGGUCCAAAACUUUGCAUGGGAGAACUGUGGCUCUCCCUCCGAACCUGCGGAGAUUAAGAGUCUAUCUGUAAGUCCAGAUCCUAUUUCCAUCCCAGGAGAUGUGACGGUCUGCGCAUCAGCUGCCACCACUACAGCCCUCACUUCACCUCUGAAGGGAGUUGUUGAUUUGGAGAAGAGACUUGGUGAAAUUUGGAUAAAAGUCCCUUGUGUGGAUGAACUUGGGAGCUGCACCUAUGAUGAUCUUUGUACCAAACUGGAGGCUCUUAUCCCUCCAGGUGAACCGUGUCCGGAACCCUUGCUCUCUUACGGCAUUCCUUGUCAUUGCCCUUUCAAAGCGGGUUCUUACAACUUGCCUUCCUCUGACUUCUACAUACCUAAAUUGGACUUGCCUUCAAUCCUCACCAAUGGGGAUUACAAGAUCAAGGUUCUACUGAGCAAUGGUGACCAAGAGCUUGCCUGUGUCAAGAUGACGUUUUCCCUCCACGCUGAAAGCUUGUAGUUUUGACGACAACAAUGCAGGCAUUUUUGGUGUUUGAAUGCCAUGCGUUCGUCUUAAUUUUUUUUUUGGUCCUGUUGAAAUACUAAUACUGAGACCUUGCAGCCUUAAGGGGAAGGGUUAUCAUUAACUGCUUUUAGGAUUGCUCUGAAUUACUUGGAGAAACAACCAAACUCAAUGAAGUUUUCAAAAUAAUGUUUUAAUUAGAAAUUUAGAUGUCUAUGCCUUACCAGUGUUUGUUAAUGGAUUAGAAUCAGGGCAGCCUCCUCACCUAGGCUCCUUGAGCAUUGUUGGACUACAGUUCUCAUCAUCUCUGUUGGCCAUGCUGUCUGAGGAUGAUGGAAGUUGGGGUCCAAUAAUGCCAGAGAGACCCAGGCUGGGGAAGGCUUGGUUUAUGGUCACAUUGCACAGGAUAUAUAUCCUACAUAGGAAUGGGGAGGAGGAGGGGAUAAAUAAGUGUUACACUGAUAGAUGAUGCAUGUACUGCUAGGUACAGCUUCCAGCAUGUGGAUGUACAAUAAAAUGAAACAUGUGAUUUUAUGUAUCACUAUGUACAUGAGAUCCCACUACAUCCCAUCCUACAUACUGUGGAAUGAGAUCUGUGGGCCCCUUCAGAGGUGUGAGAUACUGGGCACUGUGUGUGCUGACAUGAUUGCCUGAGCAGGAAUUCAUUAAGCAAUGAAUGGAGAAAGAAACCACGCUUCCUGCUUUCUGUGUCACAGCCCAGAAUAGCCAGGCAGCCCCAUUAUCUCCUUAUAAAACAAAUGUGGCUUUUUAAAAAUCUCACUCCAAACCAUAGAUCUUGUCGUGCUAUUUCAUGUUUCUGGCUCUGCAUGUAGCACAUAUCUAUGUGUUCGUCCUCUGGACAGGGUUGGUGCUGGCUGGGGAGGGUGGUGCAAGAAGGCAAAGCAAGCAUAAAAAGGCAGAGACAGGUUUAAACAGCUGGAGAAAUACACCCCUCCUCCACCCCUGUAAGCUCAUGUGGGAGAAACAUCAUGUGUGAAGUGACCCUUUAUAUGCUUAACUAUGCCCACUGGUGACCAAAGUUAUUGUGACGGUGCAUUGGCUUAUAUGGAAGCGAGACUUGCCUUUUAAGUUAGUCUCUGAUGAUAGCAGGUGGGAAAUGCUCAACAUAAAAGAUAUGUACAGAUCAUUUUGAUCACUUUUGUAUUUCAUGGGAGACUACUCACAUUUCUGGGAAGGACCAAAUGCUUCCCGUUCUCUUAAGGUAUUGGUGGACUAUUUGGGGACUGUUGGACAAAGUGGCACAGUUCCAUCUGUAUGGGAAUUUUCUUUUCGUGUCCAACUAGAAAAUGAAAGAUGAUUACUGAUCUUCUGGUUCCUAAGGAACCAAUUAAUCCCACACUUUGAUGAGGGUCCUUAGGGAACAAAGAAAACACCAAGUCCCUACUAUUCUUAAGAAGAUAUGGUCUGGAUUGAAGGAGCGCAAUAAUUCUGAUAUUCUAAAUGGUAGCAUUUUAGACCACAUGUGAUCUUGGCAUUGACCAAGGAAUCUGAUGACAUGAAUGGAAGAUGUAUAGUUGUGCCAUAUCUUGACAAUUUGAGUGCUGUGCAUGAUUUUCUCUUACAGGUGGUUGGACUAGAUUGUUCUGGGAUUCUUGUAGUUCUAAGUGAUGAACAAAUUUGCUUGGUGCAUAUUACAUGUGUCAAGCGAUACAAUGCAGCACUGGAAAGAGACUGUUACAAAAUGAAGCGAACAUCUGGACUAAGGAUUUGUUCUUGUAGUGUGAGCCUGCUUGAUUGAUGCUCAUAGGAACCCAUCCUUUAACCACAAUGAUGUGUGAUGGAAUCCCUGGCUAUCUUCAGUCUUUUUCUCCCCUUUCAAUAAGGCCUUAAGCUUGUAGGGUAAUCGUCAUAGACCCUGUAAAUUCCGAAGAAUUUGUUCCUGUAUUGCAUAUAGAAAGAUGACCUACAUACUUUGUCCUGUUUAAUUACCCUUUAUGGUACUGAUAUUAAUAGAACUCUGCCUGUAAUACUACCUUUUUCAGGGAGUUUUAGUGUUCACUGCAAUAACUCUGUCUUGUGCCAUGCUAUCCGGUUUGAAUGGAUAUGCUAUCAUAUUAUGCAUCUUAUUUCAUAACCCAGAGCAGCCUUUCCCAACCUUUGGGUCCCCAGAUAUUCCUGGUCUACAACUCCCAUCAGCCCCAGCCAGCAUGGCCAAUGGUCAGGAAUUAUGGAAACUGUAAUCCAGCAAUAUCUGGGGACCCACAGUUUGGGAAAGGCUGAUCUACAGCCAUCUUGAAUAUCCAUACUCUCCAAAUUCAGGUCCUUCUAUGUUCUAAGUAUCUUUUCCAUCUCCACCAUGUCGCAUGUGUUGCCCUCUAAUUGUUAUGUGCCUUCAAGUUGAUUUCAAUUUAUGGUGACCCUAUGAAUCUGCGACCUCCAAUAGCAACUGUUAUAAAUCACCCUGUUCGGAUCUUGUAAGUUCAGGUCUGUGGCUUCCUUUAUGGAAUCAAUCCAUCUCUUGUUUGGUCUUCCUCUUUUUCUGCUCCCUUCUGUUUUUCCCAGCAUUAUUAUCUUUUCUAGUGAAUUCAUUAUGUGUUCAUAGUAUGAUAACCUCAGUUUCAUCAUUUUAGCUUCUAGUGAUAGUUCUGGUUUAAUUUGUUCUAACACCCAAUUAUUUGUCUUUUCUGUGGUCCAUGGUGUCCGCAAAGCUCUCCUCCAACACCACAUUUCAAAUGAGUUGAUUUUUCUCUUAUCUGCUUUUUUCACCGUCCAACUUUCACAUCCAUACGUAGAGAUCAGGAAUACUAUGGUCUGAAUGAUCCUGACUUUAUGUUCAGUGAUACAUCUUUGCAUUUGAGGAUCUUUUCUAGUUCUCUCAUAGCUGCCCUUCCCAGUCCUAGCCUUCUUCCGAUUUCUUGACUAUGGUCUCCAUUUUGAUUAAUGACUGUGCCAAAGUAUUGAUAAUCCUUGACAAGUUCAAUGUCCUCAUUGUCAACUUUAAAGUUACCUAAAUAUUAUGUUGUCAUUACUUUAGUCUUUUUGACGUUCAGCUGUAGUCCUGCUUUCGUGCUUUCCUCUUUAACUUUCAACAGUAUUUGUUUCAAAUCAUUACUGGUUUCUGCUAAUAGUAUGGUAUCAUCUGCAUAUCUGGAAAUAUUGAUAUUUCUCCAAUUUUCACACCUCCUUCAUCUUAGUCCAAUCCCGCUUUCCAUAUAUGUUCUGCAUAUAGAUUAAACAAAUAGGGUGAUAAAAUACACCCGUCUCACACCCUUUCUGAUUGGGAACCAGUCGGUUUCUCCAUAUUCUGUCCUUACAGUAGCCUUUUGUCCAGAGUAUGGGUUGCGUAUCAGGACAAUCAGAUGCUGUGGCGCCCCCAUUUCUUUUAAAGCGUUCCAUAGUUUUUCGUGAUCUACACAGUCAAAGCCUUUGCUGUAAUCUAUAAAGCACAGGGUGAUUUUCUUGGUCCGUUCCAUUAUCCAACGUAUGUUUGCAAUACAUACCUCUUCCCUUUCUAAAUCUAGCUUGGACAUCUGGCAUUUCUCACUCCGUAUAUGGUAAGAGCCUUUGUUGUAGAAUCUUGUCAUUACUUUACUUGCAUGGGAUAUUAAGGCAAUAGUUUGAUAAUUACUGCAUUUCCUGGGAUUCCCUUUCCUUGGAAUUGGGAUAUGUAUUGAAAGCUUCCAGUCUGUGGGCCAUUGUUUUAUUUUCCAUAUUUCUUGACAAUUUUUUCUCAAAAUAUGGACAGACUCAGUCUCAGUAGCCUGUAGCAACUCUAUUGGUAUGCCAUCUGUUCCUGGUGAUUUGUUUUUCCAAGUAUUUUAAGAGCAGCUUUCACCUCGCAUUCUAAAAUUUCUGGUUCAUCAUACGGUUCCUCCGUGAAUGACUCUGUCAUCCUUGCAUCUCUUUUAUAGAGUUCUUCAGUGUAUUAGAGAGUCCCCCUCUAAUACAAACAAAUAUUUUGUCACUUUGAGAGGCCGGGGAAAAAGUACAUUGCAGCUUACAAAGGAGUAACAUUCUAAUGGAAGAACUGCCCUGCCAUCAGCAUCCUUCCAACUCGCUGCCUUCCUCAUUCCCAUCAAGCCAUUCUUCCUUCUUACCCAAUCCACUUAAAAUAUGAGGGACUUUUCCUGAAUCAGUCUGGAGGGCCUAGAUCCUUGUGAUGGAUACUUUUGUCAGAUCUAGACUUGGCAAGGUGAUGUUUGCUUUAUUUGAGUAGGUUUUAAAAUGUAUUUAAUGUGCACAAGUCAGAGUAAGAGUCACAGGGCAAGGAGUGGCACAUGAAGAGUAAUUACCCACCCCUUAGGUUAGGAUCCCCAUCCCACUCAUAGUUAUCUCCUGGAUGACACAAUGAUCCCACAACUUCUUCUACAUAAUUACACUCGAGGUGCCUGUAUAAAAAAAGUAUCCCCACAACAUUGCUGAAAAAGUUUGUGUACAAGACCACUGCUAUUUUGUAUUGCAGUAUUGCCUCUAAGCAUGCAGUUGCCACUGUGCUCCCCAUUUUAAAUUGUCACAUAUUUGGGAGAAUGCCUUCCCUUUUUAAAUAUCUUCCUGAACUUGCUACAUUUCAUAAAUGAUCACAAUUUCUGUUGAUUUCAUUUGCAUUCUAAUAAUCUCUUAAAUUAUCUCCAUUCCAAAUGCUUCUCAGCAAAUAGCCAAUUUUAUUUUCUGGUAUUCAGUUUCAUGCUGGGGAAAAAAACUAAUGGCCUUUAGUGCUGCUGCCAUAAGGAAGUAUUGAAUAAAUCUUUUUUCUGAUCA